ACUCACACGCACACUUUCCCUUAGCUGUGCUUUUUGUGUUUUGUCAGAAUUAAUGAGAAAAGUUCCCUUGCCCUAGGGGUAAUUAGUGUCCUUGGAGUUAAAUAAGCUAAUACUUAGACACCUCUGGCACAAGCAAUUAUGUUUGUGUAUUGAAUAAUUGAUUCAAAGAGGGGGGGAAGGGCUGCUAAUCAGAUCUGAGCAUAAUGAAUUGAUUUAAUUAACAGGGGAAUCCGAGGGUCUCCGGGAACUGCGCAUUUAUUCAGUAGCGGAGGAGAGUGCGGCACAUAAAUUGGAGGAGAGAGGUAGUGAGAGUAUGCUUUUAGCACUUGUCAGCUUCGCAAUUGGCUUUUUUAAUAAAGUAGCUGGAGGUUUCGGAGCAAAUAAAAGCGGGGAAAUCAUUUUACCGAGAAGAGAGCUGACCAGCAAAAAAAAUCACCUCUGCUUUUGAUCCGCUGAGUACUCUUAGCAGGUUUUAGCCGGCAAGUCGAGCGGUGUUUUUACCCUUUCCUCCUGCUUCGCAUGGAAGAUAUGGUGGUGAACCAGUGUUUUUCGACUGUAAAUAUCACGUUUAGUUUAUCCUCUCGAAGAUUUUUCGCUAGCGAACGAGCAAGUGCGAACUGAAAGGGAAAAGCAGUCAAAGGCGAUAAUACGUUAUAAGUAAGGCUGCGUUUUUAUUUUGAUGGGUUUCCGUAAUUAGGCUCUCGUCUUUAAAAAAAAAAUCAUUCCUUUUAACUGGAGUGCCGUGCAAUUAGAGCGGCAAAAGGCUACUCCGGUACCAUCUUAACCCUCUUUCGAAAUAAGCGGACCGGGGCGCUGAAGGUUGCGGGAGCCGACUGCCGAUCGCCCGGAGCCGGACUCUCCGUUCCCCAGGAUCAUGGUGCUGGACAAGGAGGAAGGUGUGCCCAUGCUCUCCAUGCAGCCCAAGGGCAAGCAGAAGGGCUGCGCUGGCUGCAACCGCAAGAUCAGGGACCGCUACCUGCUCAAGGCCCUGGACAAGUACUGGCAUGAGGACUGCCUGAAAUGCGCCUGCUGCGACUGCCGGCUGGGCGAGGUGGGCUCCACCCUCUACACCAAGGCCAACCUCAUCCUGUGCCGCCGGGACUACUUAAGGCUCUUCGGCACGACGGGAAACUGCGCUGCAUGCAGCAAGCUGAUCCCCGCUUUCGAGAUGGUCAUGAGAGCCAGAGACAAUGUUUACCACCUGGACUGUUUCGCCUGCCAACUUUGCAACCAGAGGUUUUGUGUGGGGGACAAAUUUUUCCUAAAGAACAACAUGAUUUUGUGUCAGAUGGACUACGAAGAGGGGCAGCUGAACGGCAGCUUCGAGACGCAGGUUCAAUAGCCGGGGACGGUCAGGCUGCGUUGCCGGUCCCCGCAGUGCCAUGGAUGGCCAGUUGCAGAGGGGGGGGGCGCCACCCUUCUCAUCUGCAGUACUUUCUGAUGCCCCUUCGGUCCCUGAGGACUCUAAUUGUAAAUGUUGUAAUACACAGCUUCCCCAACACUGAGCAGUUGUGAGGCUGCCCCGUACAGCUGUGCCUGCUUAGCUGCACACUGUGUCACCUGUAUGUCUGUGAUGCCCCCCCCCCCCUUCAGGAAUGGGUCCUUAGAGGGUCUGUACAGUAUGUUUUUCUGUGUAUAUAUAAACGGGAACAUUUAUUUUAUGAAAAAUGUAAUGCAAUUUUAUUACCAUUGUGAAUUACAGAUUAUUAAUGUUCAGUCCUAUUUCUGUCCCCCUAACCCCCCCU